AUUAAUAAGUUCGUUGGUGAUGUGCAUGGGUUUGGUAUGGGUAUUAAUGAGAAAAUAAAUGAAGAUGUAGGGGUCAUUACCCAAGUUGCAAAUGAAAUUUCUGCACCUAUAGAACGCGAUUCUAAUUUUGUAGCUCAUGCUUAUACCGAUGACUCUGUUGAUGAAGAAAAAGAAAAUGAGUCAAAGUUGGAAGAUGAUUUUGCUUGCCCUGUUGGAACUGAUAGAGAUGAUGAUGAAUGUGUUGUUGUUUUUAAUAAAGCUAAAUCAUUAUUAAUAAGUACAUGGGCUGUAAACCUAGUUGAGCAUAAAGGUGAAAAGCAAACUGUUAUUGAGGAGUAUGGAGGAGGUCAAAAGCAACAAGUGGGAAUCGGAGCAACUUCUAAUCCUUCUAUUGAUGCAUUAACUUCUAAUCCUUCUAUUGAUGCAUUAACUUCUAAUCCUUCUUCAAAAGCAGCAACUUCCAAUAUUUCUAAUGUUGAUAAGGAAAGGGCAAGGAAGGAAAGAGCAAUUGCUCUUAGUAGGAGGUACAAGACUCUUAAUAUUGCUAAGGUUGUUGUUAAGGGUCAAGCUACCUUUACUUUCACUGACCAUGUGUUGCAAUCUCAAUUACCUGUUGAUAAUCAUCAAUAUUCUGAUGGGAAAGAUAAAGACAAUGAAGGGAGAAAUAGUGAUGAUCCAGGUUGCUUGUACUCGAAUCCCUCUUUUGAAGAGGAAGAUGAGUUUCAUUUGGCAAUUGACUUACCUUCAAUGGGACCAACUGACAUUUACUUCAAUCCAGAGUGGGAAGUUCCUUGGUUUCAAGUAGGAAUGAGAUUUACAAAUGCAAACCAGUUUAGGGAUGCCAUCAGAAAGCAUUCAAUUAUGAAAAGGUGUAAGUUGAAGCCUAUAAAAAAUGAGCCUCACAGAUUGAGAUAUCGCUGUAUAGGUGCAGGUUGUGAGUGGGAAAUUUUUGCAUCAAUGGACAAUAAAGCUAACUACAUUCAGGUGAAGACAUACAAAAGAGAGCAUGACUAUUUCCGGGCAAGUAAAAUUUCUGCCAUGACAAUGCAUGAACUUGCAAAGUAUUGGAAAAGAAGGAUUAGGGAAACUCCUUUCAUAGCAUGCAAGUUUAUGAUGGAACAGACAUAUGCGGAGUUAAGGGUGGCUGUGCAUUUUGACAAGUGUGUGAGGGCAAAAAGAAUGGUCAUGAAAGAGCUGCGAGGCAAUUUUAAAGAUGAGUAUGCCAUGCUACCUAGUUAUGGGGCUUACUUGUCAAACCUUAAUCCUGGUAACAUAAUUGAAAUUGUUAAGGAUAUGAAUGAAAAUGGUGACUGCGUCUUCAAAAGAAUUUAUGUUUGUGUAGGGGUUGUGAAAGAAGGGUGGAAAAAUGGAUGCAGAUAUGUGUUAGGGGUGGAUGGUUGUUUUUUGAAAGGAGUCUGCAAAGGUGUGUUGUUGUCUGCUGCUGGUUGAGAUGGAAACAAUCAGAUGUAUCCUAUGGCUUGGGCCAUUGUUGAGGGAGAAAAUAUGGAUUCAUGGGAGUGGUUUUUUUGGUUAUUAAGGAAAGAUUUAGAUUUAGAUAGUGGUAAAAACUUUACCUUAAUAUCUGAUGAGCAUGUGGUGGUAUGGUAGGCAAGUUUCAUUUGGCAAGAACAUUGCCGUUAUUUUCUAGGCUCCGUGGUUUUCUCUGUAUUUCUGUCUCAUGUAUCAAAAAUCCUUUAAGUAUCAAUCCAUUAGAACCAGCUCUAGUUGAUUAAGCUUAAAAAAAAGGGGGAAGAAGACAAAGCACUUCCCAAGUUGAGCAUUCUACUUAACUUCCUGGUCAGCUCGAGUAAUAGUUCGGGGUAAGUACUUCGGUAAUUUACAGAAAAUAUUUUGAAAUUUCCUUUAGUUAAUAAAAUUAUAUUUAAAGA